UACAUCAGAGAGCCCAGCAGGGGGGCUGGGUGACGUCAGGGCCGGGGGUGGCUGGCAGCCCAGCUCCAGUCGCCUGGCGUCUGCUAGAUCAGUGGCUGAGGCCCUUUCAUCUCCCCUGGGUCACCCACCCUCCCGUCCCAGACUGGGAUCACUCUCUCCUCCCAUCCUCACUCCUUCUGUCCUUCCCUCCUCCUCUCUUCCUCAUUCCUUCCCUCCCUCCUCUCUUUCCUCACUCACUCCCUUCCCUCACUCUUCGUCUUUCCUUCCCUCCUUCUCUCCUUCCCUUUCUCUCCUUGUCCCUCACUCUCUCCUUUCCCUUCUCCCUCUCCUUUUGCCUCCUCACCCCCUCUCUCCUCGGCCCUUCCCAACGCCACUCCCUGCCCACAGCCGCUGGCACAGUGAGGUGGAUUCUCACCACCUCUCCCUCGCUCCCUCCCCCCGAGACUGACGACUCUCUCGUUGACCCCCUCCUCCAGAGCUGGUCCAGAGCGGGACAGCGCGACCCCUGAACUUCCUGCUGGACAGUGGUGGCUUCCAUCUGCUGCACCCUCGACCCGGACCAGGAGCGUCUGUACGUGGGUGCCCGUGACUACCUGCUUGCACUCGACCUCCAGAACAUCAAUCGGGAGCCCCUCCUUAUACACUGGCCGGCGCCUGCAUUCCGACAGGAUGAGUGCCGGAUGGCCGGGAAAGGCAGGGAUGAUGAAUGUUCCAACUUUGUGCGCCUGAUCGAACCGUGGAAUCGCACCCACCUCUACGUCUGUGGCACCGGCGCCUUCCAUCCGGUCUGUAGCUUCGUGUACAGGGGCUGGCGGUCUGAGGAAUACAUCUUCCGCAUGGUCACCGGCAGGACGGAAUCCGGGAAAGGGAAGUGUCCGUUCGACCCCCGGGAUGAGAGUAUGGCCGCGCUAGUCAACGGGAGUCUCUAUGCCGGGGUCCACGUCGACUUUAUGGGAAUGGACGCAGCGGUAUUCCGCAGUCUGGGAGAUCGUCCGGCCAUCCGGACGGAGCAGCACGACUCGAGGUGGCUUAACGAUCCGAUCUUCAUCCACGCCCAGAUGAUCCCGGACAGUGCGGACAGCACGGACGACAAGGUGUACUUCUUCUUCCGAGAGAAAUCAAUGGAAGCCGGGAGCCGGCAGAUCUACUCCCGGAUCGGGCGGGUGUGCUUGAACGACAGCGGAGGACAACGCUCCCUGGUCAACAAGUGGACGAGCUUCCUAAAGGCCCGCUUGGUGUGCGGGUUGGCGGGAUCCGAUGGCGUGGAGACCACCUUCGAUGAGCUGACCGAUGUCUUCAUUCAGCCGACCCAGGACAAGAAAAAUCCACGGAUUUAUGGCGUCUUUUCCACCUCGGGUUCCGUGUUCCGAGGGUCAGCGGUCUGCGUCUACUCCCUGUCGGACGUCCGGACGGUCUUCAACGGCCCCUUCGCCCACCGCGAGGGGCGGCACUUCCAGUGGGGGCCCUACACCGGCCGUGUGCCCUACCCCCGGCCGGGCGCGUGCGCAGGGGGCAAGUUCACGCCGGACGUCCGCACCAGCAAGGAUUAUCGGGACGGCUUCCUUCACUUCGUGCGCACCCACCCGCUGAUGUACAACGCGGUGCAGCCCACGCACGGCCGCCCCCUGGUGCUCAGGACCGGUACUCCCUACCGGUUCACUGCCCUGGCCGUCGAUCGGGUCGACGCGGUGGACGGGCGUUACGAGGUCCUGUUCCUCGGCACAGACCUGGGCACGGUCCAGAAGGUGGUCGUACUGACGGAUUCUGAGGGCAAAAUGGAGGAAGUGACCCUGGAGGAGGUUCAGGUUUUUCGGACUCCCGCGGCGGUGAAGGACAUUCAGAUCUCCUCGAAACGACAGCAGCUGUACGUGUCGUCGGAGGUGGGGGUGACGCAGCUCUCCUUGCACCGCUGUGCUCUCUACGGCCGGGGAUGUGCCGACUGCUGCCUGGCACGGGACCCCUACUGCGCCUGGGACGGACGGGCCUGUUCCCGGUACAGCCCGGCGGCCAAACGUCGGAGCAGACGGCAGGACGUCAGGAAUGGUGACCCCAUUCGUCAGUGCCAGGGUUUCCACAUGAAAGUGGGGAGGCUGGAUUCGAACACAGUCCAGUUCGGUGUGGAGGGGAGCAGCACAUUCUUGGAGUGCCGGCCGCGAUCGCCCAGAGCCACCACCAAGUGGCUGGUGGAGCGGCCACCCGCCGCCCGAAGGAAACUGCUGGGCCGGGAGCCGCGGUUGCUGCGCACGGAACUCGGGCUGCUGCUGCGCUCGCUGGAGCCCCGGGACUCGGCCGUCUACCACUGCAUCGCCACCGAGAACGGCUUCAGCCAGACCGUAGCCCGCCUCGAACUGCGGGUUCUGGAGCGGGCGGCGGUGGAGCCCGAGCUCCCAGCGCCGGGUCCCUUCGUCGCCGCCUCCUCCCCGGACCCGGGCAGCCGCCGGUCGGACGGAUCCGCCAUCGAACGCCUCUGCCAGGACUACUGGCGGGAGCCGCGCACACCGGGCCGGCCCAAGAGAAACACCGACGGCGGGGCCCGGGGCUGAGAUCCGGGAUCGCCGCUAACGCUCGGUCCACGGAACGGCCGGAGAGCGGGUCUCAGGCCGGGAUGUUCGACUGUGGGAGGGGUGGUCGUAGAGAUGGGGGCGCGAACGCUCCAGAAACACGAACCCGGGGAUGUGGUGUGUGUCUGUAGGUGUCCACUCUCCCCUCCUGUUCCCCCUUUCACCCUCCCUCUCACACUCUCGCCCGUCCGCCCCUCUCCGCCUCCCCCUACCGCCCUCCCCAUCUCGUCAACUUUUCUCUAGCUCUUCUCCCGUGUCCCUCCCCGCUCGCCCAUACUUAUGGGAUCUUGCUGUGUAGAUAUCCGUCACAUGGUGGAGGGGGUGGGGCCGGACGUUAGGUUGGGCAGGAUUGGCUCCUGUGGACGUGCUGCAUUCUGAAGGGGCGGGGGGUGGGGGGCACCACCUUCCGAACCUCACCUGUCCACGAGGGGGCGCAAAGUCAGCUGAAACCUCCGUCCUCCCACCAUCCCCGAGGACACCAUCACACCUCCACGUGAAGGAUUCCGCAGGGGGCAACAGUUAAAUAAAUUACAUGGUUUCA